GCUGACCCACAUCCAUGCACUUUGAACAGCUUGGUCCUUGAACUCCAGGGCAAUCUUAAGGAUCCAGCCUAGAAGCCACCUAGAUGAUUACUACUCUCAGCCACUGAAACUUUGAGAUCCCACUUUCUGGCUAGGAAACUCUAAGCAGAAGGCUUCUUCCAUGAGUUAUAUUGUCAUGGUCUGAGCCAGUUAAAGAAAUAUCCCUUCCUUCGUUCCUCAAACUAUACCUGACUGAAAGAGGGGAUUCUCAAAGGUGUUCGUCUCCUUGGAAAGGAAAGCCACAGAGUAGCCAGGUUUCUUCUCUUUGUUUGGGCAAUGGACAGAGAUGAUGUGGAGCAAGGGCAACUGCCUGAGAAAGCAAAGCCUCCUGAUGGUGGCUGGGGCUGGAUCGUCUUACUAGGCUGUUUCAUCAUCACUGGCUUUUCUUAUGGGUUUCCAAAGGCAGUGAGCAUUUAUUUCAAGGACCUGAUGCAUGAUUUCCAUGUGGGAUACAGUGACACAGCCUGGAUCUCAUCCAUCAUGCUGGCCAUGCUGUAUGGAACAGGACCUUUGAGCAGCAUUAUGGUGAACCAGUUUGGGUGUCGGCCUGUGAUGCUUGUUGGGGGGCUCCUGGCUUCCUCUGGAAUGAUCCUGGCCUCCUUCACCACCAACAUCAUUGAACUGUAUUUGUCUGCUGGAGUGCUGACAGGUUUAGGAAUGGCUCUGAAUUUCCAGCCUUCUUUGAUUAUGUUAGGAUCCUAUUUCGACAAGCGCAGGCCACUAGCCAAUGGGCUAGCUGCAGCUGGAAGCCCAGUCUUCCUUUCAGCGCUUUCUCCACUGGGUCAAGUCUUGCUGGAAAAGUUUGGCUGGCGAGGGGGAUUCCUCAUCAUGGGGGGGCUCCUCCUGAACUGCUGCACAUGUGGAGCACUCAUGAGACCCUUGGCAAUUGACAUUAAGAAGACAAGGGAGAAAGUCACGGACACCUGUGAAACUAAAGAGAUGUUGCCAAUGGGAGGAAGAGCAGAAGAGGUAGAUGGCACCCUGGACAAUUUUAAGAAACCCAAGAAAUUGAAGAAGAAAAAGGCCAAGAAAACGAAAAGCUUAUUAAAUUUUUCUAUCUUCAAAAUCCGGGGUUUUAUCAUUUACACCAUCGCCAAAUUCAUCAUGGUUUUAGGCCUCUUUGUGCCCACAAUUCUAUUAGUCAACUAUGCCAAAGACACAGGAAUACCUGACAAAGAGGCAGCAUUUCUUUUGUCCAUCAUUGGCUUCAUAGAUAUUUUUGCCCGUCCAUCCUGUGGAAUGUUUGCUGGGAUGAAGAGGAUACGACCGCAUAUAACCUACUUGUUCAGUUUUGCAAUGCUCUUCAAUGGCCUGACGGAUAUCUUUAGUGCCAGAGCCAACACCUACACAUCCCUGGUCAUCUUCUGCAUUUUCUUUGGUAUUUCCUAUGGAAUGGUGGGAGCUCUGCAGUUUGAAGUUCUCAUGACUAUUGUUGGAUCACAGAAAUUCUCUAGCGCAAUUGGGCUUAACUUGCUCAUUGAGGCCGUUGCUGUGCUCAUUGGACCACCCUCAGCAGGGCGACUGGUGGAUUCAUUCAAGAAAUAUGAAAUUAUAUUCUAUUUGGCUGGAUCAGAAGUUGUGUUGUCUGCUGUCUUCCUGGCUGUUGCUUCAUAUUGCUGCCUGAACAUGAAAAAAGAAACUACUCCUCAGCUAGACAAUCCUUCUACAGUUAGAAGUAACAGUGAAAUGGAAGAAGCCGAAGCAGAUCUACAGGAAGCAAAGGAUAGCCUUGACAAUGAUCAGCAUCUGGCCCACAGCACUGACAGUGUUGGAAGUGACAGAACAAAUCAUAUUGCAAUAUACAAGAAUGGUGGACAGCCUAAAGAGGAGAAUAUAGCUCUGGUUCCAGAUGGCUGCAGUAUUGAUCAGCAAACUGUGAGCUCCUCACAUGAUGGUGCUACAUCUUUACUUGGCCAACAGACAUGAAAGCAACUUUUACUGAAGGAGCAGACGCCUAGAACCCUGAGGGUAAGUAAACAAACAUUUAAGGAAACAGAAACUCAUCACAAGGUCGUCACAUGGUAAAUGAGAUCAAGGAACAAAUCAGGAAGAUUGUCAAGUUUUUCCAUUCCAAAUUAAUGGUGAAUCUAUCCCGUAAUUAUAGAAGCUUUAAUGCAAAUCAAUAUGGACAGACGGGACAGAUAUUCAACAUUCCCUAUAGUUCAUUUGCUUGAAACUUUAAUUUUAAUCUUUAAACUUUGAUCUCUGUAAUUUGCAUUAACUAUAAUUUUGUUCAAUUUAUUACCAUACACUUUUUCAAUAAAAAAAGAAAAGUCUGCUAUGAAUUUGGUCCUCAAAAUUUCAACUUUAGAAAGCUUUUCUUUUGUUCAAAUAAAAAUAACGGCACACCAGAUGCUUAUGAGAUGAUUUGGCCUUUCCAUCUAAGUCUGAUGGAAGAGGAUGAUGUGCUGAGAGAUCAUAGUCAUUAUUAUGGGAAAAAAAAGCCACCAAAUAAAUCUCUAUAUUGAGUCACUAGGAUAUUAUUUAUCCCACUUCUAUGCAGUGGCAAUCAAACAUUUGGCCUCUCUUCAGAACUCAUUAAUACUUAAACAAUCUAUGAUCAUGGAAUGCAAGGGAAUCAAUCUUGUGUUACUGCACUCAAAAUUCCAAUCUGAUGCAAUGUUUCUGGAAGGCAUCAGAUGAAAAGGCUACCCUGAAAGCAUGCCAGAUGAAAAUGAUAGCUGACAUAAAACAUUCCAGUUUGAAAAUUUGAAAUAAGGUAUAAACUUAAUUCUUAAGCACCUUAAGAGUUAGGAAAAACAGAAGCAUCUAGAACAGUGGUUCUCAACCUUUUUAAUGCCGCGACCCCCAACCGGUCGUAAGUCGAGGACUGCUCAACCGGUCAU